UUAGACGAAGAAGAAAAGAUUGGGUACGAUAUUGAUACAAUUGCACCGUGGAAGCUCCAUGGAUAUACACCAUUCGGGAGAAAUACAGGACUCGCUGGUGGCGACAAAAAGCAUGGUGUCGAAGCCUACACAGUGAGUGAGGAGGGAUUCUUUACUUCAAAGCACCGGCCAUCCGAGCCCUCGACGACCUGUCUUCUGCUCCUACGAUAUGCGACAUUGGAUGUCGGCAUACCACAGACUGGUUUGGCCCCACACACUGAUGUUGGUACCUUAACGAUCUUGUUCUCCGACAAGAAGGGGCUUCAAGCUCGCCAUCCUCUCACGCAUGAAUGGCGGUAUCUUGACCCGAAAGAAGGUUGCGCUGUCAUUAAUGUGGGAGACUCCCUCAGGUUCCUUUCUGAGAAGGGUUUUCAAUCUGCUUUGCACCGAGUCGUCCCAUCUGCUGAUGCCACUAUUGAUAACCGCUUCUCUUGCGCGUACUUCCUACGCCCCGAGCUCGAUGCCGAGUUUGAUGCAGAGGGACAGCAUUGGAAGAGCAUUGACUGGCAUCUCAGGAAGUACAAGAGUUAUCGGUCAGGUCAAACAGGAAAAACCGAAUGA